UUCCAUGUCAGCACAAUGAUUCCACCAGGAGAAUGCCUGUAUGCUGGGAGGAAAAGACGGAAACCCGUUCAAAAACAGAGGCCUGCACUUGGGAAUGGAAAGUCUAACCCUUCAAAGAGACAUAGAGACCGCUUGAAUGCUGAACUAGAUCACUUGGCCAGCCUCCUGCCUUUCCCACCAGAUAUAAUAUCUAAACUGGAUAAACUCUCCAUCUUGCGUCUCAGCGUCAGUUACAUUAGAGUCAAAAGCUUCUUUCAAGCUGUUCAAGAGAAGCAUUUGAGAAAGCAAGCAGGCCAGGGAAUAAAAGAAGUUGGCUUACCCAAGGAACCUGCCAUGCCAGAAGGUGGAUUCUUACUAGAGACACUGAGUGGUUUUGCACUGGUAGUAAGUGCUGAUGGAAUGAUCUUCUAUGCAUCACCAACAAUUGCGGACUAUUUAGGAUUUCACCAGACUGAUGUAAUGCAUCAAAAUAUAUAUGAUUAUAUUCAUGUGGAUGACCGGCAGGAUUUCUGCAGACAACUGCACUGGUCUAUGAAUCCACCACAACUAGCAUCUGGGCAACAUAUGCAGACAGAGACAGGUGAAGAAUUAAUUCUUAGUAAAAUGUUUAAAGCACAGGAGAGUGACAGUAUGCCAGCAGACUUUUCAUCCUUUUUAACUCGUUGUUUUACUUGUCGAAUCCGCUGCCUUUUAGACAGUACUUCUGGCUUCCUUACAAUGCAUUUUCAAGGUAAACUGAAAUUUCUCUUUGGACAAAAGAAGAAAACUUCAUCAGGAGCAAUAUUACCUCCUCAGCUAUCUUUAUUCUGCAUAGUGGUACCACUUCUGCUUCCUUCUGUGACUGACAUGAAGUUAAAAAGCCUUUUUGUGAAAGCAAAAUGCAAAUCUGAUCAUGCAGCCACACCAGAUACAAACUCAAAGGCUGUUUCUGGACAGUAUAUGGCUGAUUAUCAUAGAAGAAAUGUUUUCCAAGAAGGGAAGAACAAUAGAGAAAAUGGCAUUUCUCUGAUGAAAUUGCAAGCGAAUGAAGACCACUGGGUUUGGAUACAGGCCAGUACUCAAGUUCAGUACAGAAAUGGUUCUUCAGAAUAUACCAUUGCUCUUCAGCAAACUCCCAAGGAAGAUAGCCAUCAGAAAAUACCAAACAGCAUUGCAAGCAUGAAAGGGAAUAGAGACACAUUGGGACAAAUGAAGCAUAAUAAGUGGACCCCAAGGAAAAAAGAACAGGAUAACAUAAAAGUGAAGUUUGAGCCUAAUACAGCCAAUAAUGAAUGUUUUAUUCAGCAAGAAUUUGUUAAUCCUGCUCUACUAUUUGGCGUUCAGCAUAGUAACAGUGGAAAUGGCAUUUGGACUUCAAGAAAUCCGUCAAGUUCUUGUUCUAGAAGUCAGCGUAAUGAAAAUACAUGCUCAAAUAAACCUCUAAGACCCCAGCACGUCUUCAGUUUAUCAUCAAGCUGUCCUUCCCACUGGAGUGGUAUAGAAAAUUGCCAGCCUUAUUCAAGCUUGCAGCAGUUCACAGCCGACAGUUAUUCAGGAGAAUACAUGAAAUUACAACGCCCGUCAAUAUCCUCAGAAACUCUGUACAAUACGGGGUUGACUCAUAACAUGCUGAUAAAAACUGAAUAUGAUUCUGACUCUGAAAAUAUAGCUAAUAGUUAUGCCGUUUCACCAAGUUGCGUUUGGCUAGAUGACAAUAGCACAGUGAAAAAGCAGUCAAUCCAUUUUCCUUCUAGGGUUCACCUUAAAACCGAACUGGAUCUCAAUGAGCAACCUUCUCCUUGCCCAACCCCAAAGCAUUGUGUCUACUCACCUUAUAACUGGCAACACAUAGUGAUGCAUCAUACCAAUAACAUCAAUAGAAAUGGACUCGGCAAAGGGGUGAAUAACAAGGAAACAACUCCACUGGGACCCCAGAACCCAAUCUGUAUAGAAACUAUGGAGAGCAUGCAAGGCCCAUACUACUAUAAUCAAUUUCAUAAUGCCAGUUUAGCAGAAGAGAGAGGGCUGAAUAGCCAGUUUCUGAAGACGCACUCUGAGUUUAAAAAUCCCAGCUUUAUUCAAACACUCAAACAUGAGCCCUUAUCUGACAAUGGUCGGAAUGGAUUACAAAUGGCUUUCUCUGAAACUGCAUUAGCAGGUUCUCAGCCAAAUAAAAUAAUGGGACAGCAAACUGUGUAAUGCGUUAGAGUGCUUCCAUAUGUUGUUCAGUGCCUCAUCAGUAGUGCAGAGAUGGGACACAAAACAGGAAGCAUCUCAUUAAUAAAGGACUUCUCAGGCAGAGAUUUAGGACUACCAAAACAGUUUUGGUGCAACUAGCAGAUGCUGGCUCUCCUUAUCAUAUGGAUUAUGGGUGAUGAGUAUUCUAAUUCAGAUUGUGAAUCAUCCAUAAAACCUGACGCAUGGAAGUGCCCUUAAUAUUUAUAAAAACACAGUGCAUUGCAGAUAAUUUCUUACUGAAAUAAAAGGGCAAUUAAUAAGUUUUGUUUAAAAAGAAAAAUGUAUGCCUAAAACUAUGCAGCAGUUCAUUUCUGGCCAA